AUGUGGCAGUGGUACAGCCUGCACAAGACCCUUCAGGCCGACCCGCAAGCUGGGACCGACCAAGAGAGGAAAAUGGCCCAGAAGGCAAGCCUCCACCAGAUGCCGCCACUUCCAACUCUUCAAGAGGAGAACCAGAAUCAGAUAGAGCUUUAUUGCCAGAUGGAUCCAUUGAUGCCCACAUUGUGCAUUCUGGACACAAGUGUGCCCAAGGAGAGGCAACAAUGCCUUCUUAAGGCAACGAAGGAGGCCAAGGCAUACAAACCAUCCACCCAAACCACAGAUGACCACGAGCUGAGGGAUGAGAAGGCGGCUUAUAACAAAGCUACAAAGAGAUGCCUGUUGCUCACGUCAACGCCAACAGAGGUGCAGUGUCUGGGGCAGCUGAUCAUCACAUUUGGCAAAUACAACGGCAAAACUUUUAAAUGGCUGGUGGAAAAUGACGUUGGAUACAUUAAAUAUAUCCUUGAUUCCCACAUCAAAUUCAGCCGCCAACCUGAGAGAAGAGCCACGAAUAACGAGUGGGUUAAGGCUUACCUCCUUAAAUAUGUGCAGCUGUUUCCUCCGGUCUCCUGCCAUCUUGAAAUGUAUGUAGACAGGGCCAUUUACGGGCAGGGCCGCUUCAGGUCGUUUACAUUUCAAGAAAUGUGGCAGUGGUACAGUCUGCACAAGCGCCUUCAAGCUGACCCUCAAGCUGGAAGUGACCACGAGAGAAAGAUGGCUCAGGAGGCUUACUGCUCUGUCAGACAGUGGCUUGUCAUGAAAGAGGACGACAUCACCACUAAGUCCCUGAAGCGAUUCAGGCAGUACAUUCUUGAUAAAGAGAAACCUCAACAGGACAUAGCCCGUCCUGCAGCAACUGCCAUCUCCAGCACUGCCACUUCCAGCAACGCCACCACCAGCCCACCGCACACAGUGACUGCCACCACCUGCAGCAGACAGCACUUUCCUGCAACAAAGACACCUCGACAGGACGUAGCCAGUUCUGCAGCAACUGCCACAUCCAGCACUGCCACCUCCAGCACUGCCACCACCAGCACACCGCACACAAUGACUGCCAUCACCUGCAGCACACCGCACACAGUGACUGAUACCACCUCUAGCACACAGCGCUUGCCUGCGAAAAAGACACCUCGACAGGACAGAGCCCAUCCUGCUGCACCUGCUACCUCGAGCACUGCCACCUCCAGCACUGCCACCACCAGCACACCGCACGCAGUGACUGCCACCACCUGCAGCACGCCGCACACAGUGACUGACACCACCUCCAGCACACAGCGCUUGCCUUCGAGAAAGACAUCUCGACAUGACAGAGCCCAUCCUGCUGCACCUGCUACCUCGAGCACUGCCACCUCCAGCACUGCCACCACCAGCACACCGCACGCAGUGACAGCCACCACCUGCAGCACGCCGCACACAGUGACUGACACCACCUCUAGCACACAGCGCUUGCCUGCGAAAAAGACACCUAGACAGGACGUGGUCCUUCCUGUAAAAACUGCCACCUGCAGCUCAUCAGGGUCCAAAGGGGAUGACUUUUGGAUGGAUGAUUCUCUGCUAAUUGAAGCACUUGCUACCUUUGAAGGACAAGGGGAUGCAGGGGACAGACAAAGAGGAUUAGAAAAGGGCCAGUCAGGCACUCAGAAGCUACGCACCAUCGCACCAGCAGCUGCUCCUCCAUCAGCUACUGCUCCGGCUUCGACUCCUGCACCUGCUCCGGCUUCUGCACCAGCUCCUGGUCUUAAGACAUCUGAUGUGACCGUUGCAGAUGUAACACUUCAGCCAUGUCAGCCGGCGCUACCUGAGGUUACAUUUGAGGGCUGGCACAAAUUGUGGGAGUCUGUUGCACAUGGGCUGCCACAAGCAGAUUUAAAGUGGCUGAAGGAGGAUGAUGUCAGGGGCCUGUUCCAGAAGGCAACAUCAUACCAGGACAAACAUGGUCGUACGAAGUGGAGGAAAGUUCUAAAGGAUGACCGGAUGUGGUUUUAUCCCCCGGAAUUCCCUGGAGUGGUGGGACAGAGAGUUCCCUCGGCAGACUCUUUUUUUCACAGCAAUGUGUUUUUUUGGAGACCAGUAGGGGUGUGGCGGUACAGUCUUCGAUGUCCCAGGCCUGAGUGCCCGGCAAGUGGCAAUAAGUCUGCCUUUCUGUACCGCUGUGGUUACUCCAACACAGUCAGACAGAUCUGUGGCAUGUCUGGCUGGUACUCCAUGCUUACGGAGGUGCUGGCCUGCAAUGCGUGCAGGAAAGGUGCCAAGGAGUCAGAGGAGCAUUCCAUUGGCCGUUUCCUGUCAUGGGACUCAGGCAUCAUGGAUCAGCUCAGCCCAGCUCAUAAGGCUAUGUUCCCUGCUGUGCUAACAUUACGGCGUGGUGUGGACAAGCAGGUGAUCCGUCUAAUGAGGGACCGCACUGAGGGCAACACCAUGACCAAGGUGUGGAGACAGGUGCUGGAGAGCCACUGUGAGGAGUACCUGCAGAGGAAAGACCUCUACACCACCCUCCUCAGCCAGUACAAUGAACCCGGAAAGAUCACAAGUAAGUCAGAUUUUGUUUUUCAGUGUUGA